GAACUGUAUCGAUUGGAAGAAGGACCGGCGACGAGCGUGAAGAUGACCGAUGAGGACGCCACGUACGCGCUUAGAACGAUGAACUACAUCAGACGGAUGGAGAAUAAGGCUGCGGAAUUGUACAAAACACGGCUGAUCAACGGUUUUCUUCAUUUGUACUCCGGCCAGGAGGCUGUCGCCGUGGGAUUGAAGAUGUCGAUCAAGGAGAUCGAUAGCUUGAUAACGGCCUACCGGUGCCAUGGAUUCGCGGUGGUGUUCGGUGUCUCGGCGCGACAGGUUCUUGCGGAGCUGAUGGGUCGAAAGACCGGGAUCUCGAAAGGAAAGGGCGGUUCCAUGCACAUGUACGCGACGCAGUUCUACGGUGGCGAUGGCAUCGUCGGCGGCCAGGUACCGAUCGGUGCUGGUUUGGCGUUCGCUCAUAAGUACAAUGGGACUGGAGGAGUCGCGUGGGCGCUGUACGGUGACGGAGCGGCGUCGCAGGGUCAGAUCUACGAAACGUACAAUAUGUCGAAACUGUGGAAUUUACCGGUAGUGUUCAUCUGCGAGAACAACCUGUUCGGAAUGGGGACGGCGGUGCACAGACAUUCGGCGAACACAGCCUUUUACACGCGGGGCGAUCUAAUCCCGGGCAUCAAGGUCGACGGGAUGAGCGUGCCCGAUGUGCGGGAGGCAGUCCGGUUCGCCAGGGAUCACGCUCUUCGAAACGGUCCGAUCAUUUUAGAAAUGGUCACGUAUCGGUACUUCGGGCACAGCAUGAGCGAUCCAGGAACCUCCUAUCGUACGAGAGACGAGACGAAGCAGGUGCAGACGGAGCAAGAUCCUAUCACCACCCUCGCUAAGCUUGUAGUGAAAAACGGGCUAAAAACUGAAAAAGAGGUCGAGGAAAUACGAACCGCCACCUGGAAGGAAGUGGACAAGGAACUGGAAGAGGCUAAAGCGGAUCCGUUUCCGGAAAUGUCAGAAAUUGGAACGAACGUACACACGGAUUCAGCGGUGAAGGCACGAGGCAAAGUUCCUUGGCAGACUCAUUAA